AGAGGCAGCCCAGGGUCCUUAACCGCCAUCAGCGAGACAACAUUACAUGGAGUAAAAAACUACAACUGAGAGAAGGUCAGGAUGGUCCAGAAAAUACUGAAUAAAUUCGUCGGUGCCAAGUAUAUUACUAUUCUGAGGACUUGGGUACCAAAUAUGGUCGCCUGGGGAACAGUGGGCGGAGUGGCGCUCGUUCACUUCACAGACUGGCGAUUAGUUCUUGACUAUGUGCCAUACAUUAAAGGGAAGUUCAGCAAUGAUGAGUAAAGUCACACACAACUCUAAAAUGACAAGAGCUUGGGGAUGGGCACAUGGGUGGAUUGCUUACACAACGCAAACUUAAGUGGGAUGCCCUGGCUCAACAAUCAGUCACUGAGGGCUUGUUAGGAGUUUGGACUUCAGGAUGCACUCUGUACAGAUGCUGUUUUUGAUCCAGUAUUAUUUAAUGUGAAUAAAUCCUUCAUUUACA